AAUUCCUCAUCAUCUGGAGACAAAGUCCCUGUUGGGAAGAGAGGGAAACACCCCUGAGCUGCUGACUCCUCCUCUGACCUAGACAGGAUUUAAAUCCAGGGAGGGAAGCUCAGAGAGCAGGGACCAGUAGGAGGUCUGCAGCCAAGGAUCUCAACUGCAGCUGGGGUGACAGAAAAGUGGGAAGAGGUGGCAGCAGCCUCCAGAUCCAGACCUUCCCGAGAGUCUGUCUCUGUCUCUCAAAGAAUGGGUCUCCUGGAGAUGUGGGGUAUCCCCUUGGGGCUUGUGCUCAGCUCUGUGCUCUUAGUGGCGGCAGCCCCAGCCAUCUCUGAGUCUCUGGACUGCAGUGACAAGGAGCAUCAGGUCACCGUCAGCCACACCUACAAGAUUGAUGUGCCCAAGUCUGCAUUGGUGCAAGUAGAGGCUGACUCUCCACCCCUCAGUGACAAUGCAGACUCAGCUGUGGUCUCAGGAGAGGCUGGUGAGGAACAGAACAUCAUCUUCAGGCACAACAUCCGCCUACAGACGCCACAGAAGGGCUGCGAGCUGGCCGGCCUGGUCCGGGACCUCCUGGCUAGGGUGGAGAAGCUGGAGGAGGAGAUGGCAGGGGUGAAGGAGCAGUGCAGCCCCCAGCGCUGCUGCCAGGACUUGAGCUCUGGCUGCGAGCAACCCACCUGCCCUGGGGACUGCAGUGGGCAUGGCCAGUGUGUGGGUGGCGUGUGCCAUUGCCACCCUGACUUCAUCGCCGAGGACUGCAGUGAACGCCGCUGUCCCCAAGACUGCAGUGGCCAUGGCUUCUGUGACACGGGCGAGUGCUACUGUGAGGAUGGCUUCAGUGGCCCCGACUGCUCCAAGGUGGUGGCCCCUCAGGGUCUGCAGCUGCUCCGGAGCACAGAGGAUUCCCUGCUGGUGAGCUGGGAGCCAUCCAGCCAGGUAGACCACUACCUGCUCAGCUACCACCCACUGGGCCAGGAGCUGUUGGGAAAGCAGGUCCAAGUGCCCAAGGAGCAGCACAGCUACGAGAUCCCAGGCCUGCUGCCGGGCACCAAGUAUGUCGUCACCCUGAACAAUGUGAAGAAGGGGCUGUCCAGCAGCCCACAGCACCUACUUGCCUCCACCGAUCUGGCUGUGCUCGGCACUGCUUGGGUGACUGAUGAGACAGAGUACUCUCUAGACGUGGAGUGGGAGAACCCCCCCACACCGGUGGACUACUACAAGCUCCAGUAUGGCCCCUUGACGGGGCAAGAGGUGGCUGAGGUCACUGUGCCCAAGAGCAGUGACCCUAAGAGCCGCUAUGACAUCACUGGUCUACAGCCUGGGACAGAGUACAAGAUCACUGUGGUUCCUAUGAAAGGCGAGCAGGAGGGUAAGCCGAUCCUGCUGAAUGGCCGGACAGAAAUCGACAGUCCCACAAAUGUGGUGACAGACAGAGUGACUGAGGACACAGCAGUGGUGUCUUGGGAGCCAGUCCAGGCUGUCAUCGAUAAGUACAUAGUGCGCUACACUUCUGCUGACGGUGACACUAAGGACACAGCGGUGCCCAGAGACCAGCACAGCACAGUCUUGACAGGCCUGAAUCCAGGAGAGGCAUACAAAGUCCAUGUGUGGGCUGAGAGGGGCAGUCAGGAGAGCAAGAAGGCUGACACCAAUGCCCUGACAGACCUUGACAGCCCCAAGAAGCUGGUGGCUGAAAGAGUGACAGAGAGCUCGGCCACUGUGUCCUGGGAGCCUGUGCAGGCCACCAUCGACAGGUACAUGGUGCACUACACAUCUCCUGAUGGGAUAUCCAAGGAGGUCUCUGUGGACAAGGAGCAGACCAGCACUGUGCUGACGGGCCUGAGGCCGGGUGUGGAGUACACAGUGUACGUGUGGGCUGAGAAGGGGUCCAGGAGCAGCAAGAAGGCUGACACCAAGGCCCCCACAGAUAUUGACAGUCCCAAGAACCUGGUGACUGACAGGGUGACAGAGAGCUCGGCCACUGUGUCCUGGGAGCCUGUGCAGGCCACCAUCGACAGGUACAUGGUGCGCUACACAUCUCCUGAUGGGAUAUCCAAGGAGGUCUCUGUGGACAAGGAGCAGACCAGCACUGUGCUGACAGGCCUGAGGCCGGGUGUGGAGUACACGGUGUACGUGUGGGCUGAGAAGGGGUCCAGGAGCAGCCAGAAGGUUGACACCAAAGCCCCCACAGAUAUUGACAGUCCCAAGAACCUGGUGACUGACAGGGUGACAGAGAGCUCAGCCACUGUGUCCUGGGAGCCUGUGCAGGCCACCAUUGACAGGUACAUGGUGCGCUACACAUCUCCUGAUGGGAUAUCUAAGGAGGUCUCUGUGGACAAGGAGCAGACCAGCACUGUGCUGAUGGGCCUGAGGCCGGGUGUGGAGUACACAGUGUACGUGUGGGCUGAGAAGGGGUCCAAGAGCAGCAAGAUGGCUGACACCAAAGCCCCCACAGACAUUGACAGUCCCAAGAACCUGGUGACUGACAGGGUGACAGAGAGCUCGGCCAUUGUGUCCUGGGAGCCUGUGCAGGCCACCAUUGACAGGUACAUGGUGCGCUACACAUCUCCUGAUGGGAUAUCCAAGGAGGUCUCUGUGGACAAGGAACAGACCAGCACUGUGCUGACAGGCCUGAGGCCGGGUGUGGAGUACACGGUGUAUGUGUGGGCUGAGAAGGGGUCCAGGAGCAGCAAGAAGGCUGACACCAAAGCCCCCACAGAUAUUGACAGUCCCAAGAACCUGGUGACUGACAGAGUGACAGAGAGCUCGGCCACUGUGUCCUGGGAGCCUGUGCAGGCCACCAUUGACAGGUACAUGGUGCACUACACAUCUCCUGAUGGGAUAUCCAAGGAGGUCUCUGUGGACAAGGAACAGACCAGCACUGUGCUGACAGGCCUGAGGCCAGGUGUGGAGUACACGGUGUACGUGUGGGCUGAGAAGGGGUCCAGGAUCAGCCGGAAGGUUGACGCCAAGGCCCUCACAGAUCUUGACAGUCCCAAGAACCUGGUGACUGACAGGGUGACAGAGAGCUCGGCCACUGUGUCCUGGGAGCCUGUGCAGGCCACCAUCGACAGGUACAUGGUGCGCUACACAUCUCCUGAUGGGAUUUCCAAGGAUAUCUCUGUGGACAAGGAGCAGACCAGCACUGUGCUGAUGGGCCUGGUGCCGGGUGUGGAGUACACGGUGUACGUGUGGGCUGAGAAGGGGUCCAGGAGCAGCAAGAAGGCUGACACCAAGGCCCCCACAGAUAUUGACAGUCCCAAGAACCUGGUGACUGACAGAGUGACAGAGAGCUCGGCCACUGUGUCCUGGGAGCCUGUGCAGGCCACCAUUGACAGGUACAUGGUGCGCUACACAUCUCCUGAUGGGAUAUCUAAGGAGGUCUCUGUGGACAAGGAGCAGACCAGCACUGUGCUGACAGGCCUGAGGCCGGGUGUGGAGUACACGGUGUACGUGUGGGCUGAGAAGGGGUCCAGGAUCAGCCGGAAGGUUGACACCAAGGCCCUCACAGAAAUUGAUCCCCCCAAGAAUCUACGCGCAACUGCCAUGACCCAGUCUGGUGGGGUGCUGACCUGGGUACCCCCAUCUGCUCAGAUUGAUGGCUACAUUCUGACCUACAAGCUCCCAGAUGGCACUACCAAGGAAGUACAGCUUGGACAUGGGGAUCGGAGGUAUGAACUUCAAGGCCUGGAGCAGGGUGUCCCCUACCCUGUGUCUUUGGUGGCCUUCAGAGGAGAUCACCAGAGCAGAAGUGUCUCCACCACACUUUCCACAGUAGGUGCACGUUUCCCGCACCCCUCAGACUGCAGUCAAGUCCAGCAGAACGGUCUCAGUGCCAGUGGGCUGUACACCAUCUACCUGCACGGUGACCCCGGCCAGCCCCUGCAGGUGUACUGCGACAUGGACACAGAUGGAGGCGGCUGGAUCGUCUUCCAGAGGAGGAACACGGGCCAGCUGGAUUUCUUCAAGCGUUGGCGGACUUAUGUGGAAGGCUUUGGGGAUCCCACACAGGAGUUCUGGCUUGGACUGGACAAGCUGCACGACCUCACCACAGGCACUCCUACCCGGUAUGAGGUGAGGGUGGACCUGCAGACAGCCAAUGAGUCUGCCUAUGCUGUGUAUGAUUUCUUCCAAGUGGCCUCCAGCAAGGAGCGGUACAAGCUGUCGGUGGGGAAGUACAGAGGCACUGCUGGGGAUGCACUCACGUACCACAAUGGAUGGAAGUUCACUACUUUUGACAGAGACAAUGACAUUGCUCUCAGCAACUGUGCCCUGACUCAUCAUGGAGGCUGGUGGUAUAAGAACUGCCACUUGGCCAACCCCAAUGGCAGAUAUGGGGAGACUAAGCACAGUGAGGGAGUGAACUGGGAGCCCUGGAAAGGACAUGAAUUCUCCAUUCCAUAUGUGGAGCUGAAAAUUCGCCCCCAUGACUCUAGCAGAGACAGAAAGAAGCGGACACUAUGAGAAACGACAAGAACAUUCUGAUGUCCUGCUGGAGAAGUAGAUGCAGGAGCCAAGACCAGCCUGGUGAUGGGACUGUGUGACAUGGGAAGGGUGACUGGCUAGUGAGUGUUUGAGGAGCCUUCCAGCCCUUGGUUUCUGAGGUGGUUGGAAAAGCAGCAGGUCAGAGCAUGUCACAUUUCAAACUACAGACUCCCUCCUUAUCACCUGCAUUUUGUGAGUCCAUUUUGGGGAUUCUGAAAUUCUGCACAGUGGUAGUUACAAAGUGUGUGGGAGAAACACCAAUGAAGCUGCAGGGCCUUUCAGUCCCUUACCAGCAACAAAUAAGUGGGAUGGAUCUGGGGGAAAAAUAAAGAGCCAUUUUGCACUUCA